AUGGGCGUGACGUCGGCUUUGGUCUUCGCAAACCUCGGUGCAGCAUACGGUACUGCCAAGAGUGGCGUUGGCAUCGCUUCGAUGGGCGUCAUGCGCCCUGACAUGAUCAUGAAGUCGAUCAUCCCAGUUGUCAUGGCCGGCGUCUUGGGAAUCUACGGCUUGAUUACGGCAGUGAUUAUCAACGGCAAAAUGGAUGCCGCAAACUACUCUGCCUACUCUGGCUACGCGCACUUGGGAGCAGGCAGUUGGCAGAUGUGUCGGUUUAGGGUUCAAGCUUGGGUCUCAGUGCUUGCAUGCCCGGUUCACGCUUCAGGCUUCGUGUUCUGUGUUUGGAAACUUGGUUUUCUAGUUGUCGGGCAUGGGCUGUCUGCAGUUAUACUGGAGUAG